AGGCGGGAGGUGGCAACCGGUCCCACCCUGGCCGCGGGACGGCCGGCAUGUCGGGGGCUGGCCGGUGGGCCUCUCUACUCCUAUGCCUGCUGCAGUCCGCUCCAGGGAGGCUCCACCUGGCCCCUCCCCAGAACGUGACGCUGCUCUCCAGGGACUUCGGUGUGUACCUGACGUGGCUCCCAGGGCCUGGCAACCCCCAGAAUGUGACCUAUUUUGUGGCCUAUCAAAGCUCAGCAACCCCUAAACGGUGGCAAAGAGUGAAAAUGUGUGCGAGAACCAAAGAACUGGUGUGUUCUCUGAUGUGCCUGGAGAAACAAGACCUGUGCAACAAGUUCAAGGGGCGCGUGCAAGCAGUUUCUCCCAGCGCCAGGUCCCCCUGGGUGGAGUCCAAGUCCAUGGAUUACCUUUUUGAAGUGGAGCCGGCCCCACCAGUUCUGGUAUUCAACAGGACAGAGGAGAUCCUCAGUGUCAAUGCCACAUACCAGCUACCCCACUGUGUGCCCCAGCCCGAUCUGAACUAUGAGGUGGAUUUCUGGAAGGAGGGGACCAGGAACAAGACCCGAUUUCCAGCCACUCCCCAUGGCCAGCCAGUCCAGAUUCCCCUCCAGCCAGCCACCCGCGGACCCCACUGUCUCAGCGGCAGAACCAUCUACACCUUCGGUGACCCUAAAUACAGCAAGUUCUCCAAGCCUACCUGCUUCUUCCUGGAGGGCCCAGGCCCCAGCUGGGCAUUCCUGGUUCUCCUACCAUUUCUGCUGCCGCUGCUGUUGGUCAUUGCCGCAGGGCAUGUGAUCUGGAAGAGCGUCACAGGAAACUACUGGUUUCAGCAGGCAAAGAUGCCACAGGCCCUGGACUUCCCAGGACACAGACCCCCUGGGGCAACCUUUCGGCCCAGUGGCCCAGAGUGCCUGGAUGACUUGAGCCUCUGUCCCCAGAAGGAACUGGCUAUAAGGGUCAGGCUGAUGCCUAGAGUCAGGGCCCCAGCCACCAUCCAGGCAAGAUCAGAGAAGAACAGGGCUGAGGAGGAGAAGAAUGAGGAGGGGGACACAGACGAGGACACAGACGACCAUGUCAUCUUCCAGCCCUACAUGGAGCCACCCCCCUUCCUGGGGCUGGAGCACCAGACCCCGUGCCAUGCUGAGGCAGGAGGGCCCCAGUCACCUCUGGUCCAGGUCGAAGGCUCCUCUGUUUGCGAUUCUUCAGACAGAAGCUGGGCCAGCACUGCGGGCUCCUCCCCCUGGGAUGAGGCUGAGUCCUCCGGCUAUUUGGCCAAGAAGGGGCCAGGCCGAGGGCCGGAUGGGGAGGAGUGCCAGAAGCCUCUGCCACCACCGGAAUUCUCCGAGGACUUGAGUUCCCUGGAAGAGCCCCCCAAAGACAACCUCUCCUGGGCCAGCUGGGGCUUCUUAUCACCACGGCUGAACUUGGUCCCCAGGGAGCCCCCAGUUUCUCUGCGGACUCUGACCCUCUGCUGGGACAGCAGCCCUGAGGAGGACGAGGAGGAGGAGGAAGAAGAGGGUGGGAGCGAAUCGGAAAGCGAGGACAGCGGUGCUGGCACCUGGGAGACUAAGAGCCUCGAGAGCACCGAGGUCAGAGGUAGGACACUGGGGCAUUACCUGGCCAGGUGAGCCAUCCCCUGGCUUCCAGUCAAGUCUGGUGCUACCACGUUUCCUGGGGACCUAACUCACCACAAAGACUUGAAAUCCCUGGAGCAUCAUCGCCGGGGUGACAGAGGGUUCUUGCAGCACUUCGGGGAGCCCCAGCUGGAGGCUGUCUGCCAGGCUGAGCCAUCAGAAGCCACCUGUCCUAUGACCUACCAGCUUUGUGCUGAGCACCAGGAGGGGUAGAGACGCGGAUGGGCUGGGGUCAGAUCAUCCCACUGUCCCCGGGGUGACAGGCCGGUGGGAAGAGUCAUCCCUGGAUGACACAGCACAGGUGAGGUCAGAUCACAGUGGACAUGGACGGCUGAUGGCACAAGGGCCAUGUGGAUAUGGGAAGGGAGGAAAUUUGGAGGCACAGCUGGUGUAGCAGAGACUCACUCCUCCCUCCUGCGCCUGCAUGGUUCCCUCCUCUCCGAGGCUCCCGUGUCCUGAUUUAGGAGUCCCCUAGGGUGGGUCAGUGAAAAAAAAAUCCAGGCUGAGGGUGUCGGGGAGGAAGGGGAAGGGCGUGGUCAUGCAGAUCCCAGUCUCUGAGUGACGGAUCCCAGUUCUUCACAACACACAGAGCUGGGUCCCGAUCCAGCUCUGCUCUUUACUGGCUGUGUGGCCUUGGAGGAAACACAUUCCUUCUCUGUGCCUGAGUUUCCUCUCUGCAGCCACCUGGGGCGUGGCCAGGGUUCCGAGAGACGUGAGUGUGAUGCGCUGCCUGCCAUGCCUUUGGCACUGGCCACAUGGUGGCUGGUAGGCUCCCCCCUUUACCCAGGCUCUGAGGGGACUACCUGUGACCCUAAGCUCAGAGGGUCUAGAAGCAUCCAUCUGUCAGCUCCCCACCACCAGUCUACCUCCUGCCUCCCGCCCUCACUGUCCCCGCCUUCUGGUCAGGAAACUGAGCUCUCAGAAGCAGGAGCCCAGCCAAGGGGGACCCUGGUCUCUCUCUCCCUGUUCCCAGCCAAGAACGAACCAAAUAGUCCAUUUUCCAGGGAGUCUGAUGAUUGGUGGUGGGGUAGCAACCCAGCAGGGCGUUGGACCCCCCGGCCUGCAAUCGCCAUCUCAGCACUUUAGACCCUUUGGUUGACCAUUGCGUUCAUAAAGAGGCCUAUCUCCCCUUCUGGUUUUGAGAAACCACUGCCUUCUAGGAACAGGUGACUGUUCUUCCCUGGAGGUAGUGAUGGAUGUUCUCCAACAGCUCCCUUGUUCACCGACAGGCACCAGUAUAUGGAUGAGCAUAGCUGGGUCUCUGCCCAUUAGGCCAAGCUUCUUGUCAGUUUUGUGGUCCAGCAGGGAUGGGACUAAUCCUUGGCUCCGUGCCCUGGGGUCUGCCAUGGCACCUGCCAGGAGCUAGGUGUCUCUGCAGAUGUAAAAAGCAUCUGCAUAGCCGUUUUAUCCACAGGGCUAUAUUGUUUGGAAGCCAACAUGAGGGUACCGCCUUAAGUGAGAAUUGUGGGAAAGCUUCCCCAAGGGCAUCUGGUCCAGGGAUUCCCAAGCUGUGUUCUCAAAAGUCUCGGGCUUCAUAGGAGGCGCCUCAAUUUCAGGGAGAGCCAUGGUCUAUAAGAUCCCCCCAAGUUCAACCAGAGUGACCUCCCUGUAAAGCUGAGCUUAGGAGUUUCCACUGAUAAAGAAAAGGUCAGCAACACCACCCCCCUGCUUUUUUUUUUUUUUUUUUCU